AUGACGAACAACGUGGCCGACCACCACCCCGGGAACUCGGUUGCUGAAGGCAACCAUGAGGGGGACUUUGGGUGCUCCAUGGUGGAGCUCAGGAACCUCAUGGAGCUGAGGAGUGCCGAGGCGGUCGCCCGGCUCAGUGACUCCUACGGGGGGAUGCAGGCAAGGUGGUGGGGUUUGCGGUCAUCUCCAUCUCUCACCUCUCCAGGCCUGUCCGGGAACCCGACCGACCUGGAGAAGAGGCGGCAGGUUUUCGGCCAGAACUUCAUUCCUCCCAAAAAGGCCAAGACGUUCCUGCAGUUAGUGUGGGAGGCACUCCAGGACGUCACGCUGAUCAUUUUGGAAAUCGCAGCCAUAAUCUCCCUGGGCCUGUCAUUCUACCACCCUCCGGGCGGUGACAAUGAAUUGUGUGGCCAGUCAACGGGUGGCGUGGAGGACGAGGGCGAGUCGCAGGCCGGCUGGAUUGAGGGGGCAGCUAUCUUGUUUUCGGUGAUCAUCGUGGUGCUGGUGACCGCCUUCAAUGACUGGAGCAAGGAGAAGCAAUUCCGGGGCCUCCAGAGCCGCAUCGAGCAGGAGCAGAAGUUCACGGUCAUUCGCAAGGGGCAGGUGAUUCAGAUCCCAGUGGCCGAGAUCGUGGUGGGAGACAUCGCGCAGAUCAAGUACGGUGAUCUCUUGCCAGCAGACGGGAUCCUGAUCCAGGGCAAUGACCUGAAAAUAGAUGAGAGUUCGCUGACCGGGGAGUCAGACCAAGUCAAGAAAUCGCUGGAUAAAGACCCCAUGCUGCUGUCAGGUACCCACGUGAUGGAGGGCUCCGGCAGGAUGGUGGUGACUGCCGUGGGUAUCAACUCCCAGACGGGAAUCAUCUUCACUCUCUUGGGUGCAGGAGAGGGAGACGAGGAAAAGAAGGUGAAGAAAGGUAAAAAAACCGGAGCCCCUGAAAAUCGCAACAAAGCUAAAACUCAGGAUGGUGUGGCCUUAGAGAUCCAACCCCUGAAGAGCCAGGAGGGGGUGGAAAAUGAGGAGAAGGAGAAGAAGAAGGUGAAGGUGCCCAAGAAGGAGAAGUCUGUGCUGCAAGGGAAGCUCACGCGCCUGGCAGUCCAGAUUGGGAAGGCGGGGCUGAUCAUGUCGGCCAUCACGGUCAUCAUCUUGGUGCUGUACUUCGUGAUCGACACGUUUGGGGUGCAGGGGCGGCCCUGGCUGGCGGAGUGCACCCCCAUUUACAUCCAGUACUUCGUCAAGUUCUUCAUCAUCGGUGUCACCGUGUUGGUGGUGGCUGUGCCCGAAGGGCUCCCACUGGCGGUCACCAUCUCCCUGGCCUACUCCGUGAAGAAAAUGAUGAAGGACAACAACCUCGUGAGACACUUGGAUGCGUGUGAGACCAUGGGCAAUGCCACCGCCAUCUGUUCGGACAAGACGGGCACGCUUACCAUGAACCGCAUGACCGUGGUGCAGGCCUACGUGGGGGACACCCACUACCGCCAGAUCCCUGACCCCGAAGCCAUCCUACCCAAGGUCCUGGACCUCAUAGUCAAUGGUGUCGCCAUCAACUCAGCCUACACGUCCAAGAUCCUGCCACCCGAGAAGGAAGGGGGGCUACCCCGGCAAGUGGGGAACAAGACCGAGUGUGCCCUGCUGGGUUUUGUGCUGGACCUGAAGCAGGAUUACCAGGCUGUGCGGAACGAGGUGCCAGAGGAGAAGCUCUACAAGGUCUACACCUUCAACUCGGUGCGCAAGUCCAUGAGCACGGUGCUGAAGAACGGCAACGGUGGCUUCCGCAUGUACAGCAAGGGAGCCUCCGAGAUCAUCCUCCGCAAGUGCACCAGGAUCCUGGACAAGAACGGUGACCCCCGGGCGUUCAAGGUGAAGGACCGGGAUGAGAUGGUGAAGAAGGUGAUAGAGCCCAUGGCCUGCCACGGGCUGCGGACCAUCUGCCUGGCCUUCCGUGACUUCCCCGCUGAUGCCGAGCCGGACUGGGACAGCGAGAACGAGAUCCUGUCUGACCUGACCUGCAUCGCUGUGGUUGGGAUAGAGGACCCUGUGCGGCCAGAGGUGCCAGACGCCAUCACGAAGUGCCAGCGUGCCGGGAUCACUGUCCGGAUGGUGACGGGGGACAACAUCAACACCGCCCGUGCCAUCGCCACCAAAUGUGGCAUCCUGCUGCCAGGGGAGGACUUCUUGUGCCUGGAGGGGAAGGAGUUCAACCGGCUCAUCCGCAACGAGAAGGGAGAGGUGGAACAGGAGCAGCUGGAUAAGAUCUGGCCCAAGCUGCGUGUGCUGGCCCGCUCCUCCCCGACAGAUAAGCACACACUGGUGAAAGGAAUUAUCGACAGCACCAUUGGUGAGCAGAGGCAGGUGGUGGCCGUGACCGGGGACGGGACCAACGAUGGCCCAGCUUUGAAGAAAGCCGACGUUGGGUUUGCCAUGGGCAUUGCAGGCACAGACGUGGCCAAGGAGGCUUCUGACAUCAUCCUGACGGAUGACAACUUCACCAGCAUCGUCAAGGCGGUGAUGUGGGGACGCAACGUCUACGACAGCAUCUCCAAGUUCCUGCAGUUCCAGCUGACCGUUAACAUCGUGGCCGUCAUCGUGGCCUUCACGGGGGCCUGCAUCACGCAGGACUCUCCCCUGAAGGCUGUCCAGAUGCUGUGGGUGAACCUCAUCAUGGACACCUUCGCCUCAUUAGCCCUGGCCACGGAGCCCCCGUCCGAGUCCCUGCUGCUGCGCAAGCCGUACGGCCGCAACAAGCCGCUCAUCUCCCGCACCAUGAUGAAGAACAUCCUGGGGCACGCGGUGUACCAGCUAACUAUCAUUUUCACGCUGCUUUUUGCAGGGGAGAGGUUUUUUGACAUCGACAGUGGCCGGAACGCCCCGCUCCACUCCCCACCCACCGAGCACUACACCAUCGUCUUCAACACCUUUGUCAUGAUGCAGUUGUUCAACGAGAUCAACGCACGCAAGAUCCAUGGGGAGAGGAACGUCUUCGAGUCCAUCUACCGCAACCCCAUCUUCUGCACGGUGGUGCUGGGGACAUUUGCAGCUCAGAUCGUCAUUGUGGAGUUUGGUGGGAAGCCGUUCAGCUGCUCUGGGCUCACCCUGAGCCAGUGGUUCUGGUGUAUUUUUAUCGGAGUGGGAGAGCUCCUCUGGGGCCAGCUGAUCUGCACUGUCCCAACCAGCCACCUGAAGUUCCUGAAGGAAGCUGGGCACGGCAUCACCAAGGAGGAGAUCCCAGAGGAGGAGCUGCCUGAAGAUGUGGAUGAGAUCGACCAUGCUGAAAUGGAGCUGCGGCGCGGGCAGAUCCUGUGGUUCAGGGGUCUCAACAGGAUACAGACGCAGAUCAAAGUGGUGAAUGCGUUCCGUAGCUCCUUGUACGAAGGCCUCGAGAAACCGGAAUCCAGAAGCUCCAUCCAUAACUUCAUGACUCACCCAGAGUUCAUCCUGGAGGAAGACGAGUCUCGAAUACCAUUCCUUGACGGCGCUGAAGAUGACCCUGAGACUGAUGGACUCAAAAAGCGAGGUGGGGGUAGCCUGGGUGGAUCUACAUCCCUCAACAGAAAUAACAACGCAGUGGACAGCGAUCAAGCCAAGGUCACCGUCCUGGAGCCCAGAAGCCCCUUAGACAGCUUGGAGACAUCAGUUUGA